AUGGCUAAGCUCUUUAUUGGUGGCCUCGCAUGGCACACCGAGGAGGCGACUCUGCGCCAAAAGUUUGAAGAGUUCGGCGCUGUCGAAGAAGCAGUCGUGGUCAAGGAUCGAGAUACUGGCCGAAGCCGCGGCUUUGGAUUUGUGCGAUACGGCCAGGAUGCGGAUGCCCAGAGUGCCAUCGCCGCCAUGAACAACGUCGAGUUUGACGGCCGAACGAUCAGAGUCGACAAGGCCUCGGACAACGGUCCCCGCGGUGGCGGAGGCUUUGGUGGACGUGGUGGCCACGGCGGCGGCUACGGGCGCGGCGGUGGCUAUGGAGCUCCUCCUCAGUAUGGCGGUCCUCCUCAGCAGGGCGGAUAUCCCAUGGGCCAGCAGAAUGUCUAUCCUCCUGUCGCCUACGGCCGCGGAUACCCUGUCCAGCAGCAGGGUUACGCGCAGCCUCCUCAAGGAUAUGGCGCUCCCCAGUAUGGCUACCCUGAUCCGGCCCUGCAGCAGCAGCAACAGCAGCCGCCGCCGCAGCAGCCUCCUCAGGGUGGGCAAGGCUAUUAG